CGUCCGCGGGCGCCUGCGCAUUGGCCCGGAACCAAGAUGGCGGCGCCCAGAGGAGCCUCCUGGGCCGCCCUGCUCCUGGCGGCCGGGGCGCUGACGCUGGCGGCCGCUGUGUCCGAGCCCACCACCGUGCCGUUCGACGUGAGGCCCGGAGGCGUCGUACAUUCCUUCUCCCAGGACGUGGGGCCCGGGGGCAAGUUUGCAUGCACAUUCACAUACGCUUCCCAGGGAGGGACCAACGAGCAAUGGCAGAUGAGCCUGGGCACGAGCGAAGACAGUCAACACUUCACUUGCACCAUCUGGAGGCCCCAGGGCAAGUCCUACCUCUACUUCACACAGUUCAAGGCCGAGGUGCGGGGUGCUGAGAUCGAGUACGCCAUGGCCUACUCCAAAGCUGCGUUUGAGAGAGAGAGCGACGUCCCCCUUAAAAACGAGGAAUUUGAAGUGUCCAAGACAGCAGUGUCUCAUAGGCCUGGGGCCUUCAAGUCUGAGCUCUCCAAGCUGGUGAUCGUGGCCAAGGCGGCACGCUCGGAGCUGUGACUCCCCAGUCCUGGGCUGUGACGUCCCCUCAGGCUCACAGCCCAGUCCGUGUCUGGGACACUGGUUCCCACGGGAGCUGGUGUUGCCCUGCUGACAGCUCACGCUGCGCCCUCUGCUGGACUCUGAGCCCUGUCACCCAUCUCAGCAGGGAAGGUGCAGGACAUGCUGGGUGGGACCGAGGGCCCUCCUGGCGUCCCUGAAGUCAGGCGUGGGUUCUGCUCUGAGCCACAGAUGAGCAUCCCUAUCCCCGGGACUGUUUCUUACCCCACCCAAGGCAUCUCCAUUCAAAAGGAGAGGAAGAGACGGAACAAAUAAAUAAAGACCUAACCACCCCA